AUGGGAUCGUGCGUCAUUAAAGACGAGCCCAGCUCAUCUGGAGGCCUGCAGUUCCCUGAGGACCUUGACUACCCAUUAUUCAAUCAACCAGACGAAGAAGACCACUCUGAUCUUGCACUAGAGGCAGCUCAAGCAAAACGUAGGUCCUUGUCCGCCUAUCAUAUUCACACAAGAAAGAAAGGAAAAUUCAUCUGCUAUGGGCACCGUGCUAUUGCUCUUGCACACAAACAUAACUGGGAUGCCGUGCUUGAAGAUACAAACCAGUAUUCAGCACUAGUCAUCUCGAGUGCCGAUCAGUCCACCUUCUCUUUCUCACUGCCUUCUCCUGCUCUCGUCCAUUGUCUGUAUUCGUCUGAGCCACAGUCAGCAGUUGCUGACGUGUGCUGGGCAUUUGCACAUGGUGUUCGUGGUGUUGGGAACAACAUGGUGGAGCUCGGACAUCAAUUUCAAGCAAUUCAGCAUGUGGGCCGUGGCUUGCAUGGGCCCAAGCCCCGGCUUUGGGAUGGCUUGGGCUCAUGGCUCAGGCUUGAAAUCUGUCUCAAGCUUAACUUGAGAUGGGGUAGGGCUUGGUCCAGUUGUUGGGAACUCAGGACUGUAGACGAGGGGUAUUUGUAUUGUCAGGGACUACAAUGGAUUAGCCAGAAGGCCAUCGUUCCCGUCGUCUCCAGGGGCAGGGUUACUGUCCUGAGACUCUGCGCCUCCUUCGUUGGAGGUGCGGCCAUCAACACUUAUUCUAGCGCGCUAGCAGGUUUUUGGGUCGAAGUUGGUUUAUAG